AUGGGAGUUCAAAGAGUUGUUGGCAGGCCAUGGGUGGAGAGUAGUGUUCGCAAGUUCAGUUCAUCUAGGACCGACCCAGAUAUUGAGGGAACCGAACCGAACCACCUAGGACCGGUCUAUUUCGGUCUAUGGAGCCGGUUCAGACCGAUCCAGACCGGUUUUUUUGCAUAUAAUUUAUUAUACCAAUAUAAACCAUUUGUAUCUUGA